AUGGUAUGCGAUCAAGCACAGACCAAUUGCAGUGUGUUCAAAUCAUUAGGGAUAUCAUUAGAUAAAUUUUAUUAUGAGUGGAAUGAUGAGAGAAUCUACUGCGGCUAUGAUAGUCCACAUAUGUGGAAGUGUUUCCGUAAUUUAUUAUAUAAACACGAUUUUAUUUUAAAUGGAGAGAUUAUUUCAUGGGGUGCAAUUCGUGAAUUAUUUGAUAUCGAAAAAUACAACGUCGCGAGAGCAUAUCAUAAAUUAACUAGUCGUCAUCUGGAUCCGGGCCCGAUGGAAAAAAUGAGUGUGAAAUUAGCGACACAGGUUUUCAGCCAUACAGUAGCGUCAGACUUGAAAGCUGGCUAUUGUACUGGCGAAUUGAAACAUCCCGCAUGUAAAGCUACCGUGGAAUUUAUUGAGAGAAUGAAUUGUAUAAUUGAUUGUAUGAAUGCGAAAAGUAUAUGUGAUAAUAAUAUGUAUCGUGCCGGGUUAUGCAAAUUGCGUGAUUUCGUCGAAAGAUACUUGAUAAGUUCGUGUGAAUGGCUUUCAAGUUUAUCUCUGGCUAACGCUGCCAAAGCUCCUCCCUCUUUUACCAAUAUGAUAAUUACAAUUAAUAGUACCUUAGAGCUUUGGAAAGAAUUACAAAAUCGUAAUGUAGAAUAUUUAAUGACAGCUAAUUUACAGCAGGAUCCAUUAGAGAAUUUAUUUGGAUAUUGGCGUGGAUCCUGCGGAAAUAAUUCAAAUCCAUCAGCAAAAAGAGUGAUGAGCUGUGCGCAACGAUCUAUGGUAUAUAACGUUGGUAAAGCUCCUGAAGGAGCGAAUUGCGAAGAAGAUAAAAACGAAUUGUUGUUAAAAAAUACAAGUAUCGAUACGCCGGUAGAACUGAAUGAUAAUAAUAGAUUUAUUGUGGCCAAUAGUGAUGUAAUUUGUUCUGAUAUGCUUUGCGAUAAUGAAGUCUUCAAUGAUACUAAGCGCGAUGAAUUGUAG